AUGUCUGCUGCUUGUGCAGCCUAUUCCAUUUCAGAUCCAGCACUCCAGAUCUGGCAUGGCAGACUUGCACACCUCUCUGAGCAGGGGAUCAAACAGCUUAUGAACAUGUCCACAGGGAUUAAACCUAUUCAGAGGUCCUGCUUAUGUAAAGGUUGCGCACUUGGCCGUCUCAAACAAGUUCCACACAAGGGAAAGAUUCGCAAGGGCACAAGGCCACUCGAAUACAUUCAUGCCGACAUUUCAGGACCCUUCCACAUUGAAGGAUACAGCAGAGAAAGAUACUGGGCAGUAUUCAUAGACGACUUCACUCAAUAUGCUUGGGUAUUCCCUAUUAAACACCGCUCUGAUUUCCUCAGCUGCUUCAAGUCUGUACUGGAUACCGCAGAACGACCAGAACGCCGGUGUUAUAACCUUCACAUCGACAAGGCUGGAGAAAAUAUCUCCACUGAGGUCCAAGCUUUCUGUAAAGACCGUGGGAUUGCGUUAUCCGCUACAGCAACUGAGCAACACGAGCAAAACGGUAUUGCUGAAAGGCUCAAUGGGGUUAUUCUCGAACGCCUUACAGAAGUCCUCGCAAGCAUAGAUGAUGAAGAAGUCCCAUCUAAAUACUGGCCCAUCCUCCUGCAAUCAGUUAUGUAUCUUAGGAAUCGGUCCCCCAGCUCAGUAAUUGGAAAGACACCAUACGAAGCUUGGUUUGGCCAGUCUCCUGACCUUGCCCACCUAAGAACUCCUGGAGCCAAAGGAUUCGUCUGGCUAAAGAAAAGUGGUCACCGCAAGCUCGAUCCUGUUUCUGAGCCCUGCCGAAUGCUAGGCUAUCAGGGUUCCACCAACUACAUUGUGCUCACAGAUUCUGGCGUUACUGUGUCUAAUAAUGUUGUUUUUGACGAACACCAGACCUGCCUCCACCGGACUCUGCAUGCAGAGGGGGAAGCGGAAGAAGUGCCUGCAGAGACUGGGUCAGCAGCCAGUGGGAGCAGUGAGACCAUUCUCGAUACCAUUAUUGUUGCAGAACCGGAACAGCAAAAGAAUCGCAGGAUUAGGCACCCUUUUCCGCUCAACCCGAAUAUAAUGCUAGCCUACUCCUUCCUCGGCGCAGCACUCUACACACAAAAUCCUACCGAGCCACCAUCGUACAAGCAUGCCAAAGGAGAUCUAGCCUGGCCAAAGUGGUUAGAAGCCAUGAGGUGCGAGCACGAGUCCCUAACGGACAACAUGACAUGGUCGCUGGUAGCGUGUCCACCUAAUAAAAAGAUUCUGAGUGGAAAGUGGGUAUAUAAGCUGAAGAAGGGCCCCAACGGAGAGGUUCUUCGAUAUAAGGCUCGAUGGGUUGUACGAGGCUUUGAGCAAACAGAAGGAAUCGAUUACAACGAGACGUUUGCGUCAGUUGUCAAGCCCAUGAGCUAUAAAGCAAUAUUUGCCAUUGCCGCAGCCCUUGACCUUGAGCUGGAACAAAUGGAUGUGAAAACAGCCUUCCUAUAUGGUGAUAUAGACGGCGAAGUCUAUAUGGAACAACCGCCCGGAUGUGAUGACGGCACCGGGAGGGUCUGCAAACUCAACAAGGCACUAUAUGGGCUUAAACAAGCCCCCAGGAUCUGGUACCAGACGCUUUCCACAUUCCUAGAAGAUCUCGGCUUCUACCCCCUAACUUCAGAUGUGGGAAUUUUUGUCAAGGGUAACACCUAUAUUGCCGUCUAUGUGGACGACCUCUUGAUUGCUGGACCCUUAAAGGAGGAAAUCCAGGAACUCAAGAACGCCCUGGGCAAUCGAUUUCAAAUGACAGACCUUGGCCCCUGCAGCUACUAUCUAGGCAUGACUGUUGCUAGAGACCGCAAGAACCGGACAAUUCGGCUGAGUCAAAAGGGAUACAUUGAAAAGGUCCUCAAGGAUUUCGGGAUGCCGAUGGUGAUGAAAAUCACAGGGUAG